AUGUGGAAGGACACCAGCAUCAAUGUCCCAGGACAGAUGGCCGUUACCGUAGCCUCGUCCCGGAGUACCAACCGCAGAAAGAGGACCAGCUUCUCCAAAGAGCACGUGGAGCUACUACGUGUCACAUUUGAGACAGACCCUUACCCUGGCAUCAGCCUGAGAGAGAGCCUGUCCCAGAAAACAGGGCUACCUGAAUCUCGUAUCCAGGUGUGGUUCCAGAACAGGAGGGCUCGGACUCUGAAGUGUAAGGGAGCUAAGACGUUUCUGUGCCAGUCAGACUCUGGCUUACAGACCCCUGGUGGGUUCACCCCUGUCCAAGAUCCAGUUUCCCAGCCCCGCACCAUGGGGACAGGGGCUACCCAGCACAGCCUUGCCCCUCUGUCCACCCCCCCCUGCCUGCCCCCUGCCUACUCCACCCAGGUGAAGGAGGAGGAUUACUUUUUCUAUGGACGCUACUUUCCACCCUACCCUGGAGUGGAGGAGACUGGCCACAACACCUCCCAGUUUGGGUUAAGGCAGGCCAAGGUGCUGGGAUACAGCUCCAGCAUGCACCUGAAGAGCCCCGGGCACCAGAUGGUUCAAGGAACCUGGCCCCAGGCAGUUGACCAGGCGACCCCAGUCCAGUCCAUAUGGAGCCCCUCUCCUCUGGAGGUGAGGAACUACAGCUCAGGCUCCAGCAAGGCCUUCCUCUACCAUCGCUCAGCCGAGCAGCAGCCCUUCUACAACAACCCCCAGGAAGCCUAUAGAGGCCCCAUUUCCCAGACCCAGGCCCCAGCCACCCCGGAUUCCGGCUGCUGGGAAGUUGGACAAGAGAACACCCCUCCGAUGGAAGGCCAAGGUUCCCGAUUGGAUGGCUCCUGGAGCAUGGCUAUGUUUACCCCAGAAUACCCAGGACAAGCCCCGCACCAUGCCCCCUUGCCAGAGCUCCCGGCCAUGUCCCUGCAGGAGAUCCUGGGAGAGCUGGAGGGAGAGUGGCAGGAGGGAGAUGGACUGGACAGCCACCCCAAUGGGGACAAACUGGUUUACUGCUGAAGUCUUAUCUCACUCUUCUUUUUCUUAACGAUAGACAACCUCUUCAUUGUUAUUAUUAUUAUUGUAGCAUUUUGUAUGUUUGUGGGAGUACGAUAGUGUUUACUGUAUAGCCUGGGUUUCUGUGGACUAAAUGCUCUCAGAGAGAGAGAGAGAGAGAGAGAGAGAGAGCGAGAGAGAGAGAGAGAGAGAGAGAGAGUGAUAGAGAGAGAGAGAGAGAGAGUGAUAGAGUGAGAGAGAGAGAGAGAGAGGGGAUCAUACGUCCUUAAUUCCUCAAUGAUUCAAUUUAUUCUCCCAUGUACUUCAUCCCAAUUCAUUUUAGGUUAUCUACUUAUU